AUGGUUGCCCUCAGACCUCUGCGGAAGCCCAAGAUCGUUAAAAAGAAGACCAAUAAGUUCAUCGAGCAUCAACCAGACUGGUAUGUCAAAAUUAAGUGCAACUGGCAGAAACCCAGAAGCAAUGACAGUUGGGUGCACAGAAGAGUCAAGGACCUGCUUUCGAUGCCCAACACUGGUUACGGGAGCAACAAGAAGACAAAGCACGUGCAGCCCAGCGGGUUCCAGAAGUUCCUAGUACACAACGUCAAAGAGCUUGAAGUGUCGCUGAUGUGCAACAAAUCUCAGCGUGCAGAGAUUGCUCACGAUGUCUCCUCCAAGAACCACAAAGCCCCUGUACAAAGAGCAGCCCAGCUGGCCAUCUGUCACCAACCCCAAUGCCAGGCUGCACAGUGA